AGUCCAAGCUCUCAUUAACCAAACCUGUCUCAACAGCAAAUCCAAUCUUAAUCCGAGCGAACAAUUGAAUUGGUGAAUUGAUAAAAUGUUGCUAACUGCAUCAACCAUCUUACACAAACCCAUCAUCUUUUUCCCCCAAAAUCACAAAUGUAAAUUCACAAAACCACCAAUAACAUUCUCAGUUUCCUCUAGUAUUCAAAAAAUUGAUGAACAUAUUUCUUCAGUUCCUGAAAACCCAAUUGGGAGAACAAAAACUAAGGAAAGGGUUUUCUUUUUGGAUGUAAAUCCUAUUUGUUACAAAGGAAAUACUCCUAGUUUGCACUCUUUUGCCCAUUGGAUUUCUCUAUUUUUGUCUGAAGUUAGCCUUCAUCAUCCUGUCAUUGCUGUAUUUGAUGGAGAAGGUGGCCAUGAAUAUCGGAAACAAAUACUACCAUCUUAUAAAGCACACAGGAUAAAGUUUUUAAGGCGCAUAUAUACUCCAAAGGGACUCGAACAGCUUCCUAUCAGAAGGUCCCAGCAAACUAUUGUUGAUUUUCUGAAGGACUGUAAUGUGCCGAUCUUGAAAAUUGAAGGUCAGGAAGCAGAUGAUGUUAUAGCUACGCUGACUAACCAAGUCUUAGAUAAAGGAAUGAAAGUGGUCAUUGCUUCGCCAGAUAAAGAUUUCAAGCAAUUGAUAUCAGAAGAUGUGCAACUUGUUCAACCUGUGCCAGAACUCAAAAGGUGGUCAUUUUACACACUGAAGCAAUAUUUUGCUCAAUAUAAUUGUGACCCACAGUCUGACUUAAGUCUAAGAUGCAUUAUAGGCGAUGAAGUUGACGGUGUUCCUGGAAUCCAGAAUCUGGUCCCUGGUUUUGGUCGGAAGACUGCUCUUAAGCUAAUUAAAAAACACGGAUCUCUGGAGCAUUUGUUAAACGCAGCUUCCGUGCGAAUUGUGGGAAAACAAUAUGUCCAAGAAGCCCUUGAAAAAUACAGUUUUGAACUUAGAAGAAACUACCAAGUUCUUUCCUUGAGGAGGGACGUUGAUGUGCAUGUUAAAGAUGAGUGGUUAUCCAAAAGAGACACAACGAAUGAUUCGGUUACCAUAGCUAAAUUGUUCAGCUUAUUGAAAGGAAGCUAAAUCGUUAAGUUGCAGAUGUAGGACUCAAUUGAUUAAAUUCAUGAAUUUGAGGGUGCAAGUAAGUAUAUCUGACGUUGAGGUACGUUCUGUUAGCUAAAUUUUUCCCAGCGGGCCAGCUAGCUGCUAGAGGUGUUCAAAACUGAUCCGAUUACCCGAAAUCUUCCCGACCUUGUAACUGAACCUGAUUUGACCCGACUUCAAUAAUGAUUUACAAUUAUGUAAAAAACAAUACGGAUUCAAAGCCCGAUUUCAAGCCUACCCAAAACACCUAACCCGAAAACAACUCGAUGACCCGAAUGAACACCUCUAGUGCCUGCACGUGAGGGCACUUGGCUCAAGAACAUUAUCAGCUUUUGAUAUAUAAUCAUGAUAUUUUUAUUUGGGAACAUUAGAUUUUUUCCGUGGGACCUGCGCCAUGCAUAUACAGUAGAUUUUUAUUUGGGAACAUUAGAUUUUUCUACUACAAACAUUUUAUCAUUUUUGUUUUUGUUCAUGUUGUAUAAUUGAAGUUUAUAAUUAUGGGUGAUAGGGGUGCUUGAGUAAUGUCUUGCUAGUGGGAAAACCUUGUAUAGAUAUUUUUCUCUGAUAUCUACAUCAUUACACAGGAGACUGAACUGUACUGUGCAGGUCGCCAUUUUCCAUGAACAGUGAAUUUUCAACGAUGGGAUGACAUAAGAUACGCUGGUUGGUCUAUCUCUGUACCUUGAACUUCACAUUUACUCAAAAUUGGAUUGUAAAAGUUGUUCAAUUUUGACUUCAAUAUGAACAAUAUUACUCCAUUCGUAAACUACAACGAGAUUACUAGUUAAAAAGGAGACUAAAAGAUUAAACAUUAACUGGGCCCUACCAGGGCCCAUCAUUUUGGGGAGUAUUUCAGUGCGUGCAUUCCUCUAUGCCCUCUACUUGGAGGGGUACGGGUAUGGUCUGUCCGUGACCUUCCUCCCUUCCUGAACCCCGACUAGUGAAAAAUACUGGAUUAAUGAUUAUGAGUAUGACUAUGACUUAAUCACUAGUAACCGCCAAUCAUGACAAAUAUGUUACAAUUACACCCUUCUUUUUGUAGGCAUUGCACAUUUGACACUGAAAGCUCUAAGCAAGUAAUCUACCUACAACCAUCGAGAAAACUCGUUUGCAAGCCUCUUGUUGAUGCAUCGCUUCAAACGGUCUAAAUCUCGUUCAUGUGUCGUUUUUUCUUGGCACAGUUGCAAAAGCUGGAUAAAUUUUGUAUGAUGAUGAAUGGUGUUGUCGUGGAACAAUGUGGUAAAGAUGUAUGGAUGCAGCUUUCAUAUGAUAUACAUCAAUAUUUCGUCAUUGCAAAUGUCAUUUUUGGGAGGGACUCGUCAUAAAUGGGUCCAAUACUUGCUCUGUUUUUUAAUGCUUUAUUUUUCAUCAUUUUAUCUACCUUUAAUGUAAUGGGAUUUUUGGACCUACAAACUUUAAGCUCUACAAGAGUCCCAACGAGAAAAUUAUCUUGAUUUCUAUAUGAUAUACUAAUUUUUAAUUAA